UGCGCGACGGGGCGGGCCUGGCCGGAGGAGCGCCCGGCAUGUCGCAAGUGCUCCCAGUCGCCUGCAGCGUCCUGCAGAGGAGCGUUGCGACGCCCGGGAUCCAGCCGCAGCCGCAGAGCCCUGAAGAUGAUGACAGGAAGGUCCGGAGGAGAGAAAAAAACCGAGUUGCUGCUCAGAGAAGUCGGAAGAAGCAGACCCAGAAGGCUGACAAACUCCACGAGGAGUACGAGUGCCUGGAGCAGGAAAACGCCGGGCUGCGGAGGGAGAUCGGGAAGCUGACGGAGGAGCUGAAGCACCUGACCGAGGCGCUGAGGGAGCACGAGAAGAUGUGCCCGCUGCUGCUCUGCCCCGUGAACUUUGUGCCGGUGCCGCCGCGGCCGGACCCCAUGGCCGGCUGCCUGCCCCGAUGAAGCCCGAGGACACCGCUCUGCCCAGCGAGGAGCCUUGGCCGAUCUCACACGUGGGAGGAAGGGUUUUCUUCCGCAGUUGUGUACCGGGGGACCUGAGGCCUGGCCUCCUCCUGGGAGCUCGGGGGCCAGCCGUGUCCCUGCAGACUGCAGACCGGGCACAGCACGAUGCCCGCAGCACCCCACUCUCAGGGCUCUUGCGCAGAUCUGGCGGGAAGGCCACCCUCAGGAGUGACUUCUUAUCCACUCUGGCAGCUAGUAGGUUCUGCCGUCAUGGAGAAC